UGAGGUGGAAAGUCACUGGAAACUUCCCAGGGGCGAGCGAUUGCCUUUAGAUCGCUUUUGUUGGCUGGCUCGUCCCGUCGAAUGCUGCAUCGCUGUUAUUGUUACAGAUACUGUGGGGAAUCGGCGGGGAUUUAUUGAUUUGUUCUGUCACUGCCGACUCCGCUUACCCCGCCCGCCGCCCGCUGGAAGAGGCAACGUCGAGAGAUAUCCCCAGCCCCAGGAUGCCGGCGGCUGCCGGGGAAAGCUCGGACCAUCCCGCCCUGGGAGACCUCCGCAUUUCCAACUCCGGGAUUUACCUCCCACUCUCCGUUUCCCACGUUUCUCGGGAAUCGGUCCGGAACUUCCACCACAGCAAGCGGGUCGGCGGCUACCUGAUCGGGAGGAAGUUGGGAGAGGGAUCUUUCGCCAAAGUUAGAGAAGGAUUACACGUCCUGACUGGUGAAAAGGUGGCUGUGAAAGUUAUUGAUAAGAAGAAAGCCAAGAAAGACUCCUAUGUAACAAAGAACCUACGAAGAGAAGGGCAAAUUCAUCAAAUGAUCAGGCAUCCGAAUAUUACACAGCUUUUGGACAUAUUAGAAACAGAGAAUAGCUACUACUUGGUAAUGGAGUUAUGCAUAGGAGGCAACUUGAUGCACAAAAUAUAUGACAGAAAAAUACUGGAAGAAGCAGAGGCACGCCGAUACAUCAGGCAGCUCACUCUAGCAGUGGAGCAUCUACACCGAGCUGGAGUGGUCCACAGGGAUCUGAAGAUUGAAAACCUUUUACUGGAUGAAAAGAACAAUAUAAAAUUAAUAGAUUUCGGAUUGAGUAACUGUGCUGGUAUUUUGGGUUAUUCUGAUCCUUUCAGUACUCAGUGCGGGAGUCCGGCCUACGCAGCUCCAGAGCUUUUAGCGUGCAAGAAAUAUGGUCCCAAAGUGGAUAUUUGGUCAAUUGGUGUGAAUACAUAUGCGAUGCUGACUGGCACUUUACCAUUCACGGUGGAGCCAUUCAGCCUCAGAGCUUUGCAUCAGAAAAUGGUGGAUAAAGACCUUAAUCCCCUACCUGUCCAUCUCUCAUCAGCUGCCGUUAACUUUCUGCGAUCUUUGCUUGAACCUGACCCAAUUAAACGGCCCAAUGUCCAACAGGUACUGGCUGAUCUCUGGCUGAACGACAACCACCCAGGGACACCUCCAGGCAUCAUUGUUUACCCAGAUCGGCUUCGUCCAGAGGACUUGAAUCAGAGUGUGCUGCUCCACAUGACUGAGAAGCUGGGAUAUAAACAUACUGAGGUGGUAAACACUGUACUAUCAAACCGAGCCUCCCACACCCUUUGCAUUUACUUUCUGCUAAACAGGAAAUUGGAUCAGUAUUUUAAAAGUAUUCAGAAACGAGACUUUGCAAAUGGUAUUUGCUACAAGAAUCUACUGCAUCAGCCUGAUAAAUACAGACUCAAGGAAAUACAGGAGGAAAAAAAGCCCAAGAAUCCAGAGAAAGGAGUGGAGCAUUUCCAGAAACCAUCCAUAAGGAAAACAGAGAAAGGCACUAAACCUUCAAACCCCAACAAAACUGUGCUGAAAGAGAGGAAGGUUCCCAAUCCAGAGAGAGGGCUAAUGCUGGAACCUUGCCUUCCUGUAUCUAUUCCAGCUGGUGAAGCUACAAACAGCAAGAAUGGGUGUGUCAACUCUUGUUCCUUGGAGUAUUUGGAAAUGCAUCGCCCUCUCCCUGGGACCCCUAUGCCUGUCAGACAGUAUGACUCUCAGCCACUCGACACUGUGGGCCCAAAACAAGGAGCAAAAGAUAGUUUUCCCAUUGUGAGCAGUGGGUAUCCUUCUUGCACUGGGCAAGAUCGAAUUGAGCUAGUUCCUCAGCAUAGGGGCACGGGACCUGCAGGAGUUUUCUCUUAUGCAUCAACUGAACAGAAUGCAGCUUCAGCUCAGCAGUACGAGUGCAUAAGAUCCAUGAAACCUCUGAGUCAUCCUGCUCACACCCCUCCAAUGCAUGAAGAAAAGAAAGACCUUAUGGGAGCCCAGAUGGUAUCACAUAUUCCGUCUGUUUCCGGUAAUGCAAGAUCCAAUGAACUGGGCAAUCCUUAUCUGGUUAAAAGCAGGGGCAAGUUUCCAAUGAUGGGCAUUGGACAGAUGCUAAGAAAACGGAAUCAAAUGAUACAAUUAAGGCUGGACAAGCCUAAAGAAGCAAGUGGCCCUGAGUUACCCACGUCAGAUAUUAUACACAAGAUGCUGUGUACUGUUGGCAGUCUGCAACCCCGCUACUAAUUUCACUCCUCAUGCACAAUUGGACGUCAAUGUGAUUUAGCUCAAGGGACAAAUACCAAGUCUGUGAAAUUGCUUACUAUAUUUUUUUUUCAAUAGAAUUUUUUCGUAAAGCCUCUCAGGAACAUAUAUAGAUAAUAUUUAACCUAAUUUUAGAAUGCUAAAGCUAACUUCGAUCUUUAUGUUGCAAGGCUAAGAAUCUGGUCAUAUGUCAAUGUAAUUUAAAACAGCGCAAAGUUCAAUUAUCCUGUGUAUAAUUACCUUACAAAAUCCACUCCAAAAGGAUCCUUGCUUGUUGAACCAUUUUCAUUUGGGGAUUGUGAUUUUUUUUUUAAAUUCAUGCUACAGUAGUUGAUAUAUCAGGCAGCUAUCCACCAAAGGGCUGAAGGUUACAUUGUACCUGAGAAGCAGUUCUGUUGUGUUUUUACCCAUAUUCAUGGCAUUCUCUUACUGAGGCCAAAUUAUCUGCAUUCUUCUCAAGCAGUUGUGUGCAUUUUAAUUAUUCUUUAGAUGGAUAGUGAGAGAUUUAACAAAACUAAAUGUCAAACACACUGAGAAACUGAUAUAUACCAUUUAACGCUAACACAAUGAUUGCAAAUAUUUUUAAUAUAAAGCUGUAUGCUUGAUUUAAAAUAAAUUGCACUCCGUACUUUUUUUCUAAAUGUCCCCCUUAACAACAAAUAGGGCAGAAAAAUCAAGGAAUCUCAAUUUUUGUGUGUAGAUUUACAUAAGACACAUUAAAACGUACAGCAGAAAUUUUCACUCUGUGGGCAGGCGUUUGCCUGACCCGCUGGAGAGUGAAGUGACCCGCAUUUAACGUCGGCCGAGCGUGCCAAUGUCAUCGCGCAGUAGUUCGGUCAGUG